CUGCACCCCUUGCAACCUCCCCCCGGCCAACUGUGGCCCCUUUGAAACGCGCUGCACCCCCCUGAGCCGCGUUCGCAUCCCAUCGCCACCCCAUCUAACGAACCACCGACGCAACUCGGGUGCGAAUACCGAGCAUUUCGCACGUUUUCUUGAGACGCUGCACGCGUUCGCGACGAAAUAUUAACGAGGGAACGAUCCAGAGUCGUGAUUUGCCGCCAGCCGCGUGCUAACAAGUUGGCCGGGUCGAGGGUGGUUUACCCUCGCGCGGCACGGGGUCGGCCAUCUAGCGGGAUGCUGCGCAAGCCGCAGGAGCCAUAGCUCGGCCGUCGACGCCGCUGAUGCAGUGCUGAGGCUGUGAUUUUGAUAAUCUCUGGAAUGCAAAAUGGAGAACUUCCCCUUCCCUUCAAAUGAUCACUCGGCACUGCACCCCCCAAGCCACCUGCCCCCUGCCUCGCACGCAGAUCCUGCUGCCGCCCAGCCAGGUCGCCGCACGCCCCUGAGCCCCGUGGGGUUCUUUUUCCCACCGGCCGGAGGCAGCUCUAGCCACCACCAUGCCAACCCACAGCCGGCAUCGGGCCUCCCGUACCACCUGGGGCCCAGCAGCAGCGGCACCUACCACCUGAUGGCUGCCAGGCACCACGAUGAGAACCACCAGCCGUCCUCAAACAUUCCGUUCCGCCCAAACAUGAACAACUCAAGCUCGUCGUCUUCAUCACCCGCAAACUCGCCCCCACCCGUGCAAAUGAGGAGAGGACCCCCGGGACCCGGGGGUGAGCCAAACAUGAAAAAGGGGCGCCAAGGUAAAGCCGUGCGCCUGAACAUCAAUGCCAGGGAAAGACGACGCAUGCACGACCUGAACGACGCCCUGGAUGAGCUCAGGGCAGUCAUCCCUUACGCACACUCGCCAAGUGUCAGAAAGCUGUCCAAAAUCGCCACCCUCCUACUCGCGAAAAACUACAUAUUGAUGCAGGCGAACGCUCUUGAAGAGCUGCGCCGCCUGAUCGCCUACCUUCAGCAGACGGCCACCCCUGCUCAAAGCUCCAGUUUCGAGUUGGCGGCUGCCGCCGCCAUUGCUGCAGGCUUCGGCAAUGCGGCCAGCAACACGUCCACUUCAGAAGCGCUGAGCCCGGCCGUCGACCCUCCACCCACCGAAGCCUCUCCGGCUCCCUCCGAGGAGCAGAGCCAGGCCGAGUGAUUGUCUCUCUAGUCAGGGGAAUAACUAUACACAUUUACGUAAAUGGUUAGAAAUUGUGUGAAGUUUAUUGCCGAAUUUGUGCAUGUGAAUUAAUGAUUUGCAUUUUAGAUUUAGUGAAUCUAUUAACAUUACGUAAGCUAGGGGCGCUCUCAGUCGCUUCCUGUUUCAAAGGAUAAUAUUUAUUUCAAACCGUGCAAGUCCAAAUAUUGACUGAUUAUUCAUAAAAAGCUGAUUUUAGUAUUUGAAAACUCAUCGUCAGUCAACAGCAAUAUACUAGUCACGCCAGUAGAAAACAAAAAUAUUUGAAAACUGCAAAUCAGCUUUUAAAAUAUUUGUUUGGUUCAUCUAGUAAGGAAAUUCUACCUCUCGAACACAAGCUGAUAGCUUUUGCCUGUAUUCUGCAGACUAUCUUCAUCUGAGCAGAGUAUAAGUGGGUUUCUUGGAUUUGUUUGAAGAGUUUUAGGAUAUUUACAACAGUUUGUAUCUAGCCAAUAACUAAGUUCAAUUACACAUUAUACUACUGUAUAUGGCCUUACAUGAUAUACCUAUGAAAAACAAAAAAGCAACAGAAAAUGAUGUGAUUGCCAGAAGAGGUAA